GCCUCGUUUGUAUUGAUGCCCUCGAAGCCUCGACUUUCCUGAAUGUAAUCGGCAAUUUCACUCUACAAAGCUCAGCCAAAAGACUACACAGACUACGUGUAUUCACAGCACUCGACUCUACAGCCAGAAAUCUGAAAAACACAUCAAGGAAUAUGACCUCUUCGUUCUCGCCGAAAACUGUCGAUAGGAUGAAGCUCCGAAAGCAUCUCCGUAUCACCCUCAAGGAACUCCCAAACAACCUACCACGGUACAAUGAGGGCCAGCUUCUUGGUAAGUUCUCCCUGUUGGGCCUUGUACCCAAACUGACAGAUACAGACGACCUCUGCUUCCUGCUCCGCAGCUCGAUCUUUCUCUAUGCGAUCAAACCGCGCCUGCAGCAAGCGAAAGUAGUUGGGUUUCAACUGUCGAACGGCGCCACGACUCCCGAGUCUCUAGAGAACGAGAACUGCCGCGAGGACCUGGACCAGCCUAACGACGAGAUUAGCAUUCCAAAUCUGAAUAUGCGAAUCAAAUGGGAUGGCGACAGCUGGGCGACACGACUUCGAUACGGUGAGAGCACGCUGCUCGAGGGACGCCAAUACAACACAACCCAGGAGGCGGGCUUUGUCCAGAGUUUCCACUGGUUCUGCGAGGAAGCUCGAUUUCUGUGGCACGAGUUCCAGGCGCGCGAGCAUGCAGCAGCGGUGCGCAUGGGGGCCUCCGAUGAGUUGAGCGAACUGGACCCAGGAAGUAAAGUGAAUGAAACAACACGGGCUCGAGCGGGAGCAGGAACGAAGAAUCGCCGGGUCGUAAAGUUGAAGAUCCGUCUGAGGAACACAAACGGUGCACCAAUGCUCGCUGCGAAGAAGAAGUGA